AUGGCAUCAAAUUCACCUGAUAACGAAACAAGUAAUGGGCGGCCCUCCAAACGGCGCCGUGUAGCCGUCGCCUGUGAUGCAUGUCGAACCCGCAAAUCCCGAUGUGACGGCAAGCGGCCCAGCUGCUCGUUAUGUCAGGAUUUGGGGUUUGAGUGUGUUUACACGCCGCCGCCAACGGCCGCUAAUGUUAUCGUGCAGAAGGACUAUCUGCACGGACUUGAGGAUAGGGUAAAGAAGCUUGAGGAGUCGUUUAGGGCUGUUCGGGGUGAUUUGGAUGGGUUGGCGAAAAGGGUUGAUUGUGGCCAAAGGGACACAGAAAGGGAGCCUGCUAUUUCUGGUCGGAAUGCUGGCGAGAACAAGGAUGAGACGAGAACCGCUGCGCCGAUGCCUGAUUUGACUGGGACGGAGGAUUCAGUCGAUGGUAUGGGUGCGGUUAUUUUUGCUGAUGAGGAGGAUUCCGGGUUCUUUGGCCCUUCUUCCAAUAUUGCGUUCCUUCGACAUUUGUCGAGCGCUAUUGUCCAACCGGGGUAUUUCCCUUCACCUGGCGCUGCUGAGGGUGGCUUCGUGAAUGCAUCGAGACCAUCAUCACCACUACGCCGGAGAGGUCAAGACCGGCGCAUGCAAGUGAACAUUUUUGCUUUGCCACCGCAGGCAAACACUUUUGAGCUCAUCGAACGCUAUUUCUCUAACACAGGCUUGCUAUUUCCUUACAUAUACCCACCCGUCUUCGUGGACACAUAUCGUCAGAUGACACAGGAGAACUUCAAUGGGGUACGGAGGACUUGGCUUGGUUUGUUGAACAUGGUGCUGGCUAUGGCUACUAUCACUGCGAUUCCUGGAAGUGCGAGCGCAGAUGCUCGGAUCGAAGAAUCGGAUGUCUUCUAUCAACGUGGCCUUGGUUUGUGUGGGAGUGAAAUCUUGCGAGGGACAACUCUAGAAGUGGUUCAAUAUUUACUUCUGAUGGGCCAAUACCUCCAAGGCACGCAAAAGUCAGUACAAGCAUGGACUGUCCAUGGAUUAGCCGUCAAAGCCGCUCUUCAGCUUGGAUUACAUUCGCGGCAUGCGUCCAAAGUAUUUUCGCCUAUCGAACAGGAGAUGCGGAAGCGGACUUGGUACGGUUGCGUAGUUUUAGACCGCAUGACUUUUGGCAGACCGGCAGCCAUCCCAGACGGCUAUGUCAAGCUCGAGCUGCCCAUGAAACGGGAGUUUGAAACCCCGACAGGACUUGUGGAUGAUGAGACAGUGGCCUUGAGCGUUGCGUUCUUCAACUCGACAAUUGGACUCUAUGAGCAGCUUUGGGGCGUCAUAGAGCUUCUCUAUGGCCAAAACAUCGGCUGCGAUGAUCCAUUACCAGUUAGCGAGACCGUGGCGCACAUCUUCAGCUUGGAACAACGCUUGUUCUCCUGGGAACGGGCGCUUGCCCAUCCAUUACAACUCAUAUCGUCGGCUAGCAUUGAGAAUCUGCCUCGUGAUCAGAUGUCGUCUAAUUCCCAAUACCUCUCGUUAAAGUUUCAAGUCAUCCUAACCCUGAGAUAUCGUAAUCUUCGAGUCUUGCUCCACCGCCCGGUGUUGGUCAAAUUUAUCACCGCAAGCAGAUCCCCUGAUCGCGAUCCCCAGGAUAUGAGAUUGUUGCAACAGAUUGGUAUGAACAGCUUGCAGAUAUGCGCGGAUUCCGCUAUGGGGAUCAUUGAUAUUGUACACCGCAUGGUAUCGGAACCUGGAUGGAAGCACAGCCUCUUGGGAGCUUGGUGGUUCUCUUUAUACUAUACUUUUAACGCAGCACUGGUCCUCAUCGGAGUGGUUUGGGUCUACCGUGAUGCAAGCCUCACAAGCUCCCCGAUGACAGACCAAGCAAGCAAAGCCAGACAAUAUCCCGGUCGUGCAGUAGCAGCACUUUCCAGGCUCGACGAAGGAAACCGGUUGGUCGAUCGAUGUCGGUAUUACUUGGAACAGUUCAGCAAGGUCUUGGAUAGUCCUGAAACGGGCCUCGAUUCCUCGACUACAACCCUUCCCGCUCUCCAUGGUAGUCGAGCAGGCCUCACGGGGGAUGACUUCAGUCUCUCGCCGUUUGGUAUGGAGCUUGGCGAGUUCAUGAUGGAUGGGGAUCUUGUUGCGACGCUAGAUCGUCAGGGACUUCUUCCCGUACAUCCCGAUUCAGCCUUUACUGCUUGA